CCCCGACUACGAAGCCUCGCAGAGCGUCCUAACCGUCGCCCAUGCGGCUCAUGCAGACCUGGCAGCGUCCCGAGCGCCACAGCCGCGAGGAGGGACGGGCGCGGGGGAGGGGCGCGGGCAGCUUCCGGCGCCGCAGCUGAGGAGAAGGAGGAGCCGCCCCCGCCGCCUCCGCAGGCCUUAGGGGCGGAGAGUGGGGAGCCGCCCCGUCCCAGCCGCCAGGUCGACGCAGGUGGGGCCGCUGCGCCCGCCGGCGCCCCGCGGAGAUGCGGCUGGUGUCUUAGGAUUAGGUGUUGGUUGCAGGUAUUAAUAGAAUAAGUGAAAAUAAGAAUAUCCAGAAGUUAAGACAGGAACCAAAAGAACCAAAGAGGGAACCAUUCAUACUUCAAGAUCUCUAAGAAGAGGUGGCAAUAUUUAAUAUGGAAUCAAAAGCUUGUGAAUCAAAUAAUGAAGAUAUUUUAUCAAGUAGUGGUGUCACAUCUAAUGAAGGUUCUUCAAGUCCGUUUUUUGUGUCAUCUAUUCGUGGUACGAUAAUUGAAAACACAUCUUCAGCUGGGACUUUGACACAGGUUCCUUUUUUCCCUAAAUAUGAAGCGGAACUUGAUUCUCCUAGAAAAAUCAUCCAAUAUCCUGGAAAGGAACACUUUGAACGUGUUUUAGAAGAGUAUUCACAUCAAGUCAAAGAUUUACAGAGAAGACUAAAUGAAAGCAAUGAAUUGCAUGAGAAACAAAAGUUUUAUUUGAGGCAGUCAGUCAUUGAUUUGCAAACAAAACUUCAGGAGAUGCAAAUGGAGAGAGAUGCUAUGGCUGACAUCAGACGAAGGGAGAGUCAGUCCCAGGAGGAUUUAAGAAAUCAGCUUCAAAAUACAGUUCAUGAACUUGAAGCUGCCAAAUGCCUUAAGGAGGACAUGCUGAAAGACAGCAAUACACAGAUAGAGCAACUACGAAAAAUGAUGCUUAGUCAUGAGGGAGUGCUUCAGGAAAUCCGGUCAAUCCUGGUUGACUUUGAAGAAGCCUCAGGCAAAAAAAUAUAUGAACAUGACAGCAUGUCUACUCUGCACUUCCGCAGCUUGGGCUCAGCUAUUAGUAAAAUCCUAAGAGAAUUAGACACAGAGAUUUCUUUUCUUAAAGGGAGGAUAUUUCCAGUAGAGGAUCAACUUGAAGCACUGAAAUCUGAAUCACAGAACAAAAUGGAACUACUUCUGCAACAACAUCAAGAUAGGAUUGAGCAGUUAAUAAGUGAACAUGAAGUUGAAAUAACAGGACUUACUGAGAAAGCUAGCAGUGCUCGAAGCCAAGCCAAUAGUAUCCAGAGUCAAAUGGAAAUCAUUCAAGAGCAAGCAAGAAAUCAAAACUCUAUGUAUAUGCGUCAGCUCAGUGAUCUGGAAUCUACUGUUUCUCAGCUACGUUCUGAAUUAAGGGAAGCCAAAAGGAUGUAUGAAGACAAGAUAGAAGAGUUGGAAAAGCAGUUAGUCCUUGCCAACUCAGAGCUUACUGAAGCCCGGACAGAGCGUGAUCAAUUCAGUCAGGAAUCUGGAAAUCUAGAUGAUCAACUUCAAAAGCUGUUGGCUGAUCUACACAAAAGGGAGAAGGAGCUGAGUCUGGAGAAGGAGCAGAAUAAGCGUCUGUGGGACCGAGACACAGGCAACAGCAUCACCAUUGACCAUCUACGGCGGGAACUGGACGACCGGAACAUGGAGGUGCAGCGCCUGGAAGCCCUGCUCAAGGCCUUGAAGAGCGAGUGUCAGGGCCAGAUGGAGCGGCAGAUGGCAGCAAUUCAAGGAAAGAAUGAAAGUCUGGAAAAAGUAUCUUCCUUGACUGCUCAGCUUGAAUCCACCAAAGAGAUGCUGCGCAAAGUAGUAGAAGAGUUGACAGCCAAGAAGAUGACUCUGGAGAGCUCAGAGAGGACAAUAUCAGACCUGACCACUUCUCUCCAGGAAAAAGAGAGAGCCAUCGAGGCUACCAACGCAGAGAUCACAAAGCUCCGCUCUCGGGUGGACUUGAAAUUGCAGGAGCUGCAACACUUGAAAAAUGAAGGGGAUCACCUCAGAAAUGUGCAGACAGAAUGCGAGGCCCUCAAACUGCAGAUGACAGAGAAGGACAAGGUGAUCGAGAUUCUGCGACAGCAGAUUGAGAACAUGACGCAGCUGGUGGGUCAGCAUGGACGAACUGCUGGAGCUAUGCAAGUAGAAAAAGCUCAACUGGAGAAAGAAAUUAAUGAUAGGCGGAUGGAACUAAAGGAACUUAAGAUUUUAAAAGAUAAAAAAGAUGCAAAGAUCCGGGAGCUUGAGGCCAGAGUGAGUGACUUGGAGCUGGAAAAAGUGAAGCUGGUGAAUGCAGGCUCUGAGCGACUCCGUGCAGUGAAGGACAUCAAACAAGAGAGAGAUCAAUUAUUAAAUGAGGUGAAAACAAGUAGGAAUGAAUUAAACAGUCUUUCAGAGGAGUAUGAAGUCUUAAAAAGGAAUUUCCGAAACAAAAGUGAAGAAAUGGAAAUGACUACAAAUAAGCUGAAAAUGCAGUUAAAAUCUGCACAGUCUGAACUAGAACAGACAAGAAAUACAUUAAAGUCAAUGGAAGGAUCUGAUGGUCAUGCUAUGAAAGUGGCAAUGGGGAUGCAAAAGCAAAUCACAGCCAAAAGAGGUCAGAUAGAUGCCCUUCAGAGCAAGAUACAGUUUUUGGAAGAGGCAAUGACAAAUGCAAAUAAGGAAAAACAUUUUCUGAAAGAAGAGAAGAGUAAACUCAGUCAGGAAUUGAGUACUGUUGCCACAGAAAAAAACAAGAUGGCUGGGGAGUUGGAAGUUCUGCGAUCUCAAGAACGCCGUUUGAAAGAAAAGGUUACUAAUAUGGAAGUUGCUCUGGAUAAGGCAUCUUUGCAGUUUGCAGAAUGUCAAGAUAUAAUACAGCGUCAGGAGCAAGAAUCAGUGCGCUUAAAACUUCAACACACUUUGGAUAUAAAAGAACUUCAGGGCCCUGGAUACACCUCAAAUUCUUCAUUGAAACCACGCCUUCUCCAGCCAGCAUCUGUUACUCGUUCUCAUUCUAAUGUACCAUCUUCCCAGUCUACAGCCAGCUUCUUGUCUCAUCACUCUACGAAAGCUAACACACUGAAGGAAGAUCCAACAAGGGACCUGAAACAGCUUCUCCAAGAGUUGAGAAGCGUGAUCAAUGAGGAGCCAGCUGUGUCUCUGAGCAAGACAGAGGAAGAUGGAAGAACAUCUCUGGGAGCCUUAGAGGAUAGGGUACGAGAUUGCAUCACUGAAUCCAGCCUGAGAUCAGACAUGUGCCAUAGAAGCAACAACUCGUUGAGGGACUCCACUGAAGGAAGCAAAUCAAGUGAAACUCUUAGUAGAGAGCCGGUCACAUUGCAUGCAGGAGACAUGGAAGAUCCCUCUGGUUGCUUCACAUUCGCAUCUGCAGCAAGUCCAUCUGUGAAAAACUCAGCUUCUCGUUCAUUCAAUUCUUCUCCUAAGAAGUCUCCAGUGCACUCGCUCCUAACUAGUUCAGUUGAAGGUUCAAUAGGUUCCGCAUCACAAUAUAGGUCUGCCAAGCCUAUUCAUUCAUCUGAUUCUGUUAAAGAUUCACAGUCUCCGCCAAUAGAAACAACAGGAAAAACAUGCAGGAAGCUUCAGAACAGACUCGAAAGCUUGCAAACUCUGGUAGAAGAUUUACAGAUGAAGAACCAAGCGAUGUCUUCAAUGAUCAGAAAUCAAGAAAAGAGGAUACAGAAAGUAAAAGACCAGGAAAAAAUGUUACUAAAAUGACUCGUUGCUUGCCUAUUCUUUACAGAGGAAUGAGGCCCAAUUAAUUGUGGUGUUACUUGUAAUUAGUGCCCUGUGUACUUUUUCUUUUUAUGUGAAAAUUUAAUAAAAGAUACCCUGUCUUGUAAACUCUAUUUUGAAAUAAACUAUUCUUGAAUCCCUCA